GGAGGAAGAACAGGAUGGGUAAGGAGGGAAGGUGGGGGUGGACAGGUAAAGGUGAGCUUCCCCGUCGCGCCUACAACUAAGGGAAGCAUACGGACGUGUUGUUGACUCCUUUGUUUCUCCAUUUUGAGCCGACUGUGUGACCAAAAAAUGGUGAAGCAAGAGCCGGAGUUAGAAAACCGGCCUGACAACACUGCCUUCACCCAGCAGAGGCUUCCUGCAUGGCAGCCCAUUCUCUCCGCUGGCAUUGUCAUCCCGGGGUUUGUCGUCAUUGGCCUGGCAUUCAUUGGCAUUGGUGUCGCUCUCUUUGUCACCUCACGGAGCAUCCAGGUGUUGGAGCUGGACUACACCGGGGUUGAACAAAACUCACCAUGCUUCAAGUGCUCUAACCCAGAUAACAAGAACUGUGUGUGCACGCUGGCCUUCUCCAUUGACACUCUCUUUAAGGGGCCUGUGUUCUUUUAUUAUGGUUUGUCCAACUACUUUCAAAACUACAGAAAGUACAGUGUGUCCAAAGAUGAUGACCAGCUGUCUGGGGACACUGACAACUUUAAGAGUCCUGAUGACGCCUGUGAGCCAUAUCAGUAUGACAGCAACGACAGACCAAUUGUACCAUGUGGAUCAAUAGCAAACAGCAUGUUCAAUGACACCUUUAAGCUGUAUCAGAUCGUCAGUGGGAAAAAGAAGCAGGUGCCCCUCGAUGGAAAAGGGAUUGCUUGGUGGACAGACUACAACAUCAAAUACAGAAACCCCAGCAUCACACCUCUGAAGAACGCAUUCAAUGAUACAGUGAAACCCAUAUUUUGGCCCAGGCCUGUAUAUGAGUUGGACACCUCAGACCCUGCUAACAACGGCUUCAUCAAUCAAGAUUUCUUGGUGUGGAUGAGGACGGCGGCCCUGCCAGAUUUCAGAAAGCUGUAUCGACGAAUCACCGAGGGUGAUUAUGCAGAGGGUCUGCCAGCUGGGAACUACUCCCUUGAGAUUGCCUACAACUAUCCUGUUGUGAGCUUUGACGGGAGGAAGAAGGUGGUGUUCAGCAACGUGUCCUGGAUGGGAGGCAAGAACGAGUUCCUGGGCAUUGCCUACCUUGUGAUCGGCUCACUGUGCAUCGUCAUGUCCAUAGUCAUGCUCAUCGUCUAUGCCAAAUUCAAGUUUCCUGAAGAAGACUGAGUUCCUGGUCAAAGACUGUGGUUGGCUGGAGGUUUAUUUACACUGUCAGCUUUUUCUUUUUUUUCCCCUUUUACACAGUGAGAUGAUGAAAGCACAGUGCCGUGCUCACACAAAAUGGGAGUAUAGAGCUACACUCCAUCUUUGAGCAUGUGUUACUGUGGACAUGAUGAUGUAUCCUGAGGAGCUGAAGAAGCCUGGUGUCAUUUUUGUCAACACUGGAGUUUCCCCCAUUGACUGCAAAGUAGGAUGACUUCUAGUAAGGGUACAUGUAUGACGCUAGGCUCUCCUGAGAGCUGAAACACUGAAAGGUCACCUACCAUUCACUGCUAGUGGCACAGAGGUAUCUCUUGUUUGUGUUUUAAAUUUAAGUGAUCAUCAAUGAGGUGUCAUUGCUCACACGCCAAGCCCAAAAUCAUGACAAUACACUGUUGUAAAUAUAUCAAUAUGUUCUUAUUUGUACUAUGACAAAGCCUCCACUAUGAAUCAGCAGGUGGACAAAGGGAUAAAAUACUUUUUAUCUGGCAGGGUGUUUUUCUCAGGCUAUAAAUGCUGCAUUUAAAUACUUCUUAAAUUUGUGUUUUGCGCCACCACAAAAUGAGCUGCCUCCUUUUUAGGUCAGUAAUACUGUUAAAGCCAUAAACAAUUUGAUAAGCCAUAUGAUACUGGACAAGAAUGUAUACUUUAUUGUGCGAGAUGUGCAGCUUAACUUGGAAGUAAUGUUAUAAAAUGUGGGGAUGUUAACUCAGGGGUCUGGUGUACAGGCAAUGCAAGCUCAUGUUACAACUCUCUAUGGUUUCAGAGAUUUUACUUCAUGUUGCUAUUUAUUAAUAAAACUUGAAAACCC